AUGAACGAAAUCAUCCAACACGCCGACGCUUACAAGAACGACGAGAUGAUAAAGCUCUCUCUAGACGAUGGUAACAAGUACACCGUCCAGCGCGCUAUUCUUUGCGGCCUCUCAGACUACUUGAAGAAAGCACUGACAGGAGGUUUCAUGGAGACGGGCAAGAAGGAGCUGAAGCUACCCGGCUGCACGACCUCCGACGUGGAGUUUCUCAUCUACUGGGUGAGUCACAGCAAAUUCCCAGACUUCGUCAAAGAGUUGUCAGAAAUGCCGGGCUGCAUGAGACCGAAACCUGCGACCGACAACGAUCUUCGAAAGCAGUACGACGCUUUCGUGCAGGCUGCGAAAGACUUGCAAAUCAAGCUCGUCCGGCUUUGGAUCGCGGCGGAUAUGUGGCUCAUGCCACGAUUGCAGAACGAGGCGAUGCGCGCUUUGCUACGCGUCCUUGAUUCCGAUGAUCUCAACGUCAAGCUUUCGCCAGAGACUGCUCGUGUAGCUUGGGAAGAGACUGCGGAAGGAUCCCGCAUGCGAGCGAUGAUGAUGUGGGAGGCGCGGGUGGCCACUAACGGCGGACGACUGGGUACAUUUUAUUCCGCCGCCGAACUCGACGCAUUCGCAGCUAUUCCAGGCCUUUUCGAAGACUACGCUGCGGGUGCACCAGAUAUGGACGCGUGUGACAUUCUUGUUAGGCCUUUUUGGGAAUUCCUAGUACCAGAGCCCACGAUAGACUACUGGUGGUAG